GUUCCUGUGUAACCUUAGACAUAAAAACAUGGCAGCCGCGAAUAAAGUCCUUGUUGCUGCUGUUGUUGUUGCUGCCUUUGCAGCUUUAAUUGGAUACAGAUUUCUUAAACUAAAGGAAAUCAGCCUUUCUACCAGAGAAGUGACAGUGAAACACCUCAACUGUCACUAUUUAAACAAUAUUGAAUAUGGGGCAGAGGACAUCACAAUACUUAAAGAUGGACUGGCCUUUCUGAGCACAGGCUUGAAGUUUCCUGGACUGCCUUCAUUCUCUGAUGAACCAGGGAAAAUGUACAUUUUGGAUCUGCUGCACCCAAAGCCAACUCCAGUAGAGCUACAAAUCAAAGGAGACCUGGACCUCAACUCUUUCAAUCCUCAUGGCAUUAGUGUAUACAUGGAUGAAGCAGAUGACUCUGUGUACCUGUUUGUUGUCAAUCACCCUGAGCAAAAAAGCCAAGUAGAGAUCUUUCAUUUUGUUCAGGAGAACACACUUGUGCACCUAAAAACUAUCACCCACCCCCUACUCCACAGUGUAAAUGACAUUGUUGCAGUCGGAGUAGAAAACUUCUACGCCACAAAUUAUCGCUCCUGCUCCAGUGAUGCACUUAACUUUCUGACUGUUUUGAUGGGUCUCCCCUGGUGUGACGUGGUGUACUACAGUCCAAAGGAAGUGCGGGUGGCAGCCGAUGGUAUCAUGUCUGCAAAUGGCAUCAACAUAUCGCCUUGCAAACGGUAUAUCUAUGUCUCAGAUAUCAUUGACCACGAGGUAGACGUUUUUGAAAGACAAGAAGGGGAACAAUUAGUGUAUCUUAAGUCUGUAGCUGUUGGGUCACUCUGUGAUAACAUCGACGUGGACCAUAAGACCGGUGACAUUUGGCUGGGUUGUCACCCAAAUGGCAUGAAGUUGUCACAGUAUGACCCUGAAGAUCCACCUGGCUCUGAGAUCAUCAAGAUCAAGAACAUUCACUCAGAGCAGCCUUUGGUGACCCAGGAGUAUGUUGAUAAUGGCCGUGUGAUCAUGGGCUCCUCUAUAGCAGCUCCCUAUGAGGGAAAGUUGCUCAUUGGCACCGUUUUCCACAAAGCCCUGUACUGUGAUUUGAAAUAAUCUGUGUAUUCUGUGUCUUUGAUCACUACUGUGUAAGAACAGAAAAUGUUGUAAUAAAAACUUUGGAUGGCUAUGGGAUGAAAAAAA